AUGGUCACCACCUUUUCGCCGCCCCCUGGCUCGCAGGCCCCUUCCUCGCCGGAGGUAGAGAUGGAGUGGGAGCCCACGACUUCCGAAGAUGUCGCUCCCAGGCUCCCUCUAGAUAGGGGUACCGUAAUCCCAGACUCUCAGGAAGACCAAGACGAUGUCUUCUCGCCUCUGCCUAAGGGCACCAUGAUCCCCGAUUCGGAGGAAGACUCAAAUAUGACGUUUACACACGUUCUGGCCAAGAGAUUGAACGAGGUGAAAUGCCUCUCAUACAUUCAUCCCCUCAGACUUAUCCACCAGAUGCACCUCUCAGAUCUUGGAGCUGAGAACGAAUCCGACAUCCGGGCCCUGGUUCUGAAGCCCACAACACUUCUUCCCGAGCCGCCAGCUACGUUCCGGGAUCCUGUCGUGCCCGACCUUGUGGUGCAAGGCAUCAUCGCUCGCCUUAUGCAAAAGCCCAAGCUAUGUCACGUAGCUUGGGGAAGGGCCUUGGAAGGACUGGAGGCCAUGGCCGCUGCUGCCGCUGGUCCACUGGACGCUCUUGGUAUUCUGGAGGAGUUGAAUAAUGCCAAGGACAAUUGCGAAGGCGACUGGGAAACAUUGGCGGAACCCGCGCGAGCCGCUUCUGACGAUACUGAGGUCCUUCUCGUGGAGCCCAGAGUCACCAAGUGGGUAGCCCAGUUUAUGUGCUGCCUGAUUGGAGUUGAUGCUGAUCCACAAUCCGACGAGAAGUGGUGGACAGGAGACAGCCAACCCAGAGAAGCGGCUGCAGCCGUGGGUGAAGAUCUCUACAUGCGUAUCGACCAGACCUUUCGUCGACUCAUGGCUGGACAUGUGGUCAAGGUCACUCGCACGGCCCCGGGUCUCACACCUGCAGCCGAGGCCGAGCGCGAUGCAAAGGCGCAUGAUUUGGCUGGCAGAGCCCUUGCAUAG